AUGGUAUCCUCUAGUGGAUCAGUAGGUGCUGAAGGGCCUAAAGUCCGACUCCAGUCACUUUCUGCCGGCUCCAUCUUCUGCCCGGACCCAGAGGGCGGCAACCAGAACGAAGAUCAUGUGACCGACUGUCUCGGCCUUCGGUUCACGUGGCUCCACUCGGUCUUCGAUAAUUUCCCCUCGCUGCUGAAUUUUGCUCUGAAGCUCCGCUGCGAGACGGGGCUUUGUCCACGAGACCUGGAAGAUUAUGGCUGCUCCUGCAGAUACGCAGCCGCUGGAAACCCCGUAGAUCCUCUGGACGCCUGCUGUGAGACUCACAGGUUGUGUUACCAGAACGUUGCCCCCUGCAGGCAGCAGCUGCCUCCGCUCCCGGAUAACUUCACCUGUCCGGCAGAAAACACCAGCUGUGACGGUGGCGAUUGGUGUCAGCAGAGGUUCUGUGAGUGUGACCGGGCCGCCAUCGACUGUGUGACUCAGAGCUCCUACAACUCGACCCUGAGAGGCCUCGCCGAAUCGUCCUGCUUCGCCACAAAUCACACAGAUGUGCUCGGUGGCACCGUGGAGACCGCCGAACUCUUCAGAGAUGUUCUCUCAGCAGGAAAUGACUCUGAGAGCUUCCAGAUCUCCAACUCUUCGCUCCUGUCAGCAGAGAUUGACCCGCUAAUGACUGGCAGAGUGGAUAACCAGAGCGACACCACAAGGAUGGACCAUGACCUCGCCACCCCACCGCCGGGCCCGCCCCUACUCUUGACGACCGCCGAGGAGUUUGAGGAAGGCGAAGGUGGUGCAGAGGAGGUUGAAGAGGAAGAAGCGAGUCUCAUCUCUCAAAAUUUGAAUGAGGCAGCGACGGAGGAAGCACUCGAGCUGGAAGAGAUAAAUAAAGAUCAGAUGACCCACAACCCUUCAGCGAUCGGCCCCGAUUCGGUUUUAUUUGAUGGAGAAACAGCGAGUGAAGGAGAAUCCAAGCCGACCGAACUCUCCUCAUCCAGCUUCGGAAACACGGAGACGUCUUCAACAGCUUCGACUCGGACUACAAGUUUUCUGAGGACUACAACUCCCAGAGAACCGACCAGUUUGGAGGAGUCCUCUGAGGAAGGUUCAAUCAUCACGACUUCAGCAAAACCACAAAUCAGUCCAUCUGAGAGAAUAACAACCACACCCAGUGCCCCAACUUUAAAGUCAUCUGAAGAGGAGGAGGAGGAAGAAGAGGAGGAAGAUGGUGAUGAAGAGCAACAGGAGGUUUCAGAUGAGCACGCAGCAACACCUUCGGCUUCAGAGGAGGGAGGAGGGCCGGGUGUCGGCGAGGAGAGUGCCAGUCUCCUGAGGGCGACUGAAGGCCCAGAAAUUAUUACCACAGUGACAAAAAGAUCCUCAACAAGAAGCUCUGGACCGGAGAACAACCCCGUCAGAACCACCACAGCUCCUCCUGACGCGUCCCGGGAGGAAAACAUCGGACCAAAGACGCUCGCCGCCAACGCUCCUCUCGGUCCCCUGAGUCAAGGACGGCUGACUCAACAACCAACAACCUCCCGGCCAACGUCAAUGAGAAGCGUCUCUCAGACGAUGGCAGGAAGCAGAGUCACCGCCAUCAACCCGAGAUCAGAGGCCGCCACGUCCUCCCGAACCACGACGCCAACCUCCAUAAACCCGAGACCGGAGGCCGCCACGUCCUCCCGAACCAAGACGCCAACCGCCAUCAACCCGAGACCGGAGGCCGCCACAUCCUCCCGAACCACGCCACCGUCCUCGCACACGACGGCGGAGGCCGAAUCCGAAGAGGAGCAGCCAGAGAAAGCUCCGUGUGAGGAAGGAGAGCUGGCAGACAGCUCGCAGGAGAAAGAGGCCGACGACUGGGACGUGGCUCAGAAGAGGACAGUGCCGUUCUUCGCCUGGUCCCUGCUUGAGUCUGUUGGGCUGUCGGAGAUACAGCUGCAGCCGGCCGACAGCAAAGGUAAAACGGCCGCACGCCGCUGA